UGUGUAGUGUGUAAAUCACCCAAACCUUUUAUAUCAGCUCAUGAUCAGACUGUGUGUCGUGUUAUCGGGUGUGGAUCUACGCUCACUGUCUGCUCGGCUCUAGUUUUCUAUUGUACCAGUGCGAAAGUCUGCUCCUAAAAAUGGCAAGUGUAAAACCAGCACCCAACUUUGACAAGGACCAUGAUAGCCAGGCACUCAGGAAGGCCAUGAAAGGAUUGGGUACGGAUGAACAGGCGAUUGUUGACGUACUGGCUGCCCGCUCGAAUGCUCAGCGACAAGAACUAUUGCUGCAUUACAAGGCUGCAUAUGGCAGGGAUCUAGUGAAAGACUUAAAGAGUGAGCUGGGAGGUAAUUUUGAGGAUGCUGUUCUUGCUUUGAUGAGCCUACCACCAGUGUAUGAUGCAAAGUGCCUUAAAAAAGCAAUGAAGGGUUUAGGAACAGAUGAAGAUGUUCUGGUUGAGAUUAUGUGUGCCAGAACAAACGAGGAACUGAAAGCCAUCAAGGCUGCUUAUAAAACUGAAUGCAAAAGUGACUUGGAGAAAGCUCUCUCUGGUGAAACAAGCGGAGAUUUCAAGCGUGUUCUCAUCGGUCUAAGCACAGGUGCACGUGAUGAGAACCCCAAUGUUGAUGCUGGUAAAGUUGCAGAAGACGCACAAGCUCUGCAAAAGGCAGCGAAAGGUCUGGGUACGGACGAGUCUGAGUUUCAACGAAUCCUUGUAGCUAGAAGCAAAGAGCAUCUGAGAGCAGUCUUUGAUCAAUACGAAAAGCUCACAGGCAAGUCGGUUGCGUCUACCGUCAAAAGUGAAAUGUCAGGAAACCUGAAAAACGCCUACCUGUCCAUUGUGUCUUACUUCCAUAACCCACACGAGUUCUUUGCUGAUCAACUUAACAAAGCAAUGAAGGGAGCUGGAACGGACGAGAAGCAACUUAUCCGGAUAGUCGUAUCCCGAAGUGAGAUGGAUUUGGAGCACAUCAAGGUGGUAUACUUGGGAAAAUACAACAAGACAUUGUCUGAAGCUAUCAAAAGCGAGACGAGUGGAGACUUCCGUAAAAUUCUGCUGGCUAUCAUUGAUGGAGAAUAGAGGUCUCUAUAGUUACGGAGAAUAUUUUAAAACAACCUUAAAGACUAUUUAAAAAUAACAGAUAUAUUUACUUAACAAAUGCUUUGGUGAGGUUUAUUCGCACGCAUGGAUCAUUAAUAAUCAAUCAUAUACUUUGGUGUCAUAUUGUCUUUUGAAAACUUGAUUAAUUCCAAUCAAGCCCGUUAUUUUUAGCAACCUGUAUAUACAGGUUGUAGGUGGAUGUAAAACUGCAAUAUUCUUUAGGAACUAAGUACAAGGUGUAGUUUUGAUAAAAGGUGUGACAAAGUAAUUGCAAAGUAUAUCAUUUUUUUUUGUACAUCCGUUUAAUGUGAGGAUGAAAUGUAUGAAAUAAGCAUCCUUUUAGAAAUGUACCCAGACUAAGUAGUGAAUAAACUGUUAUUUAUUUAGGCACGACUUACGCUCUAUCAGAUAGUCUUUAACCAGGCAUACAUAUCCAUGUAAUUUGAUUGGUUGAACACACGUCACGUCACGUGUAAUCCUUUGUUUUGUCACUUGUACUGCUGCGGAACAAAAUUUAGUAUUAUAUACCUUUCUAACGCAACGUCACGGCCAAAGUUUUUUUGCCAACCGAGUAUUGGAAAACUAUGGAAAGCCAUAAUAGAUGCAAUACAAAAACAAGUAGCUACAGUUUGUAAAAAUGUCACACAGGUAUUACAAAAUAGUGAUGGAUUUGUUGGAAAUGUUUGCAGCGGUGGUUAAAAAAUAAUAGUUUUCCCGCCCGAUAGUCCUAAACGAGGCAAUGUUGGGUCAAGGCGGUCAAGGUUGGUGUAUGGGCCUACAUUGAGUCACCCUCGUUGUUUAGAAGGCGCCUUUUUAUUUUUAAUUCUUAUUUAUUUUUAAAUAUACAUAAAAUAGACUGGCAAACUCGUCCACCAAAAUAAAUAGGAAUACGUUUUUUUUUUAGCAACCUAUAUGUAUUUUUUAAAGCACUUUGUUGGACGAGUUCGCGAUUCUGUCAUGAACCACACCCAGCUUCGCCUCGUAAAAUGGAAAAGUUUCGAAGUGACCUCAUGGUUAUAUUUUUUUCCCACCACGCACUAAAAAAUUGAAUCGAAUUGAAUUGAAAAAAUGCAUCCAAUUGUAUACUUUAUUUGAAGAAAUGGUAAAAUUAACUCUCAUUUGUUCGUAACUGCUGGAGUAGACACGUACAUUACCAUCAGUGUCUGUCUCUCAAAGGGUUUGGGGAACUUUUUGAUGGACACAAAACACAAUGUCCACAUAUUUAUAUUAAACUUAAAUGGUUUACAGAUAAUGAUGGUAGAAAGCUUCCCUUAAAAUAUUACUUUUUAAGGUGGUGUAUAGUGUUUGGAGAAAUUAGUAAAACAAUUUCAAGAAUUUCUUUUGCACGUACACGGCAUUAUGCGACUCUCCUGAAAACAUUGCUCUGUUAUUCACAUUGCUCUGUGAUAAAAAAAAACUUGACGACUUGUGAAGCUCCAACUUCUACAGAUAAAUUAUAUUACAUACAUCUUCAUUCACAGUGAGUAGGGAUUCAUGUCAUGGCCAAAAACCUGAUCUACAAAAGGUAUCGGCACCCUUUUAAAAACACACUUGUUUCGAUAUUCUCCCGUUGGAUACAGUGGGUUACAAGUUUGUUAGUAACGGUUCACCACUGGCCUAUCUAGCCAUACGGGGCAGUUCAAAGCAAAUACAUUUUUUGCAAUGGUUCGAUGUAGAUUGAUAUUUGUUAUACAUUCUGAUAUUAGUUUUCAAUAUCAAUACUUGGAUUGGUUAAUAUUAAAAUAAUAUUUGUCUUCACUAAUAUAAAGAAUGUAAUCAGGAAUAAUAACAAUAAAUUAUGCAAUCUUAUUUUGCAUUAUGUUUCAGA